CCAACAUUUUUAAGACACCCUGUAUAUCUACAUACGCAUCCAGAAAGGCCAUCGCUCACUAAACUGUUCUGUGAGUUACAAACUUGGACAUGUUCCCAUCGAUGGCGCCAGUGAUACUAAAACAAGUAUUAGUAUAGUAGUACCCGAAGCAGAGUUAUAGCUAAAUUUUCAACAGCUUCACACUUGAAUAAAUAAAUAAAUAUUACAGUUAAAAGAUUGGCUGCUACUAGGAAGCGGUCGCUACAAAUUUUGUAAGCUGAUCCGCUCAUAGAACAACUUAGUGACCGUUGGCCUUUCUGGAUGCUCCAUAGUUAUUUGCUACAUGUAAUGCCAAUCAACGUAUUCAUAUUUUCAUAGGAGACUAACCUAUUUAUUGUUCUAACGAAGUUGUAAAGUAUUCUUCAACAAUGAUCGUCGCAACGUUUAAUUGUUCUUACAUAAUCAAUCGGUGUGUAUCGAAUGUCAGGACUAAUAGUGCCCGUUACCUCAGUUUCAAAACAGUUAGAAAAACUGUUACUAAUUAUUUUCGAUCUGAGGAUCCAAAGCCUCCUUACAAUCAUAUCGUUCAAGUUGGCGACCCUGUCUUACGGACGAAAGCGACGCCAGUGGAUAAAAAUGUAAUUGAAACGGGGGAAUUUCAAAAGGUACUAGAUCAGUUAACCGAUGUAAUGAGAAGGUAUGCUAUGGUGGCACUAUCUGCGCCACAAAUUGGUCUUCCUUGGCAAAUAUUUGCUAUUGAAUUAACGGAUAAAAGUUUACGCAAGGUCAAUCCAGAGCUUCGAGAUAUCUGCGAAAUGGAGCCGAUUCCGUUAAUGUAUUUCAUUAAUCCACAAAUGGCGAUUCGGAAUCCGAUGGAAGUUGUGCUUAAUGAAAUAUGUGGGAGUAUUGUGGGGUUUACAGCGGAAGUUUCGAGAGCGAAAGAAGUGGAAAUCAAAGCUCUUAAUAGAAUUGGUGAACCGUUUUCAUGGCAUGCGAAAGGAUGGGCAGCCAGAAUCGCUCAACACGAGUUCGAUCAUUUACAAGGUAAGCUUUUUAUCGAUAGGAUGGAUCCAACCACAUUUGAGUGUACAGUUUGGGAGCAGAUAAACAGGAAUAAUGGAAAAGUCCAACUUAAAUAUUAUAGAAGAUAAUUAUUAGGCUGAUAUUUAAAUUAAUUUGUAAUACAAUAAAAGUAUUAAUAUCGAAAAUAUAUUUUUUUAAUUAUUCAUAAAAAAGUUGAAAGUAAUUUAAAAAAUAGGGUAUUUUUAUUGGUACAUUUUUCAGAUUACAAUUUUUAGGAUACUCAUAUGACAUUUAAUUGAAAGAUAUAAGAACAGUUUUGAUUUAACAAAACGAAACUGGGGAAAUAGAAUUUAUUUUGAGGUAUGAUUUAUUGAAAGAUUUUCUAAAGAUUUAUCAUAAAAUGUUUGCAACCGUUUUGCGAGAAUAUAGAUUAUUCUGUUUUGUUCCACAAAUAAACAAUGAGUAAUCCAGUUGUAAAAUAACUGCAAGUUUGUCACUUUUUUAUAAUUUACAAUUAAUAUUACAAUUUUGAUUUGUGUUUCACUUAAUUUUUAUUGGUGACUUGUGAUCCCUGUUUGAUGAAAGUUGAAGCUAUUUAAACAUAUAAGAGGUAAAAAUGGCGGUCUUAAUUUGAAGAUAUUCCAGACCAUUCGACUAUAAAUUGCAUAUUGGAAUAUAUCGCAUUCUUGAUUAAAUGUAUACAUUUAAUUCUUCUAAGAAUUGCGAAAACAUUACCGCGCGAAGUAAUUUAUGAUGUAAACAGUUUGUGACAUCGUUGAUGCGUGUUCGAUUACCUUCAAUACCUUAGAUCGAUAUCAAGUCGAAAUGAAAUGACAUUCGGGAAAAUAUAAAAAGUCGUAUGGGAACUAUUUCGAUUAAUAUGAAUAUUUAUAUAAAAUUCAAAUAAACUGACCUCUUUGAAGUUUCAUGAAGAGAAAAUGAUGUGUGUGCAUCACAUAUAUUGGAAAUAUAAUUAAAUUUCGGAUGCAUUUGUACACAAACAAAAAACAAUAGCUUCUCAUAUUAACGCUAACACA